UUUGUUGUUGUUGUUUUGGUUUGGUUUGGUUUGGUUUCUAAUUUCUUCCCAGGUUCGACCUCUAGCUUUUUUUCUGAAUUCAUUUCAGGAAUUUGGAAGGAAUCCAAUUUUCCUCUUCCCUUCACACACAAUGUCUUUGGGACCCUUGGAAAGCAGCAGCAACAUUUCCUCCACCUUUCUGCUGAGUGGCAUUCCUGGGCUGGAGCACAUGCACAUCUGGAUCUCCAUCCCAUUGUGCUUCAUUUACCUGGUUUCCAUCCUGGGCAACUGUACUAUCCUUUUUAUCAUUAAAACAGAGCCCUCACUCCAUGAGCCUAUGUACCUCUUCCUGUCCAUGCUGGCUGUGACUGACCUGGGUCUGUCUCUUUGCACCCUCCCUACAGUGCUAGGCAUCUUUUGGAUUGGGGCGCGAGAUAUUGGUCACGAUGCCUGUUUUGCCCAGCUCUUUUUCAUUCACUGUUUGUCCUUCCUAGAGUCCUCUGUGCUGCUGUCUAUGGCCUUUGACCGCUUUGUGGCCAUUUGUCGCCCCUUGCACUAUGCUUCCAUUCUCACCAACACAGUCAUUGGCAGGAUUGGCCUGGUUUCCCUGGGUCGCAGUGUAGCACUCAUUUUCCCAUUGCCUUUUAUGCUCAAAAGAUUCUCCUAUUGUGGCUCUGCACUUCUCUCACAUUCCUAUUGUCUCCAUCAAGAAGUAAUGAAAUUGGCCUGUGCAGACAUCAAAGCCAACAGCAUCUAUGGCAUGUUUGUCAUUGUUUCAACAGUGGGUGUAGACUCACUGCUCAUUCUCUUCUCCUAUGCCCUGAUCCUGCGUACUGUGCUGUCUAUUGCAUCCAGGGCUGAGAGAUUCAAAGCUCUCAACACGUGUGUUUCCCAUAUAUGUGCUGUGCUCCUCUUCUACACUCCCAUGAUUGGUUUGUCCAUCAUCCACCGGUUUGGGAACAAGGCACCUCAUCUUGUCCAAGUGAUCAUGGGCUUUGUGUACCUUCUAGCCCCUCCCCUGAUGAACCCCAUAGUCUAUAGUGUGAAGACCAAACAGAUCCGAGAUCGUGUGGCCCAUGCCUUUUGUUGUUAGCUGGGUCUAGUCUUAGAGGUACUAUUUCCUUCAGUAUACCCUUAUUCCUCUAGCCUUUAUAAUAUCUAAUGUGUAUGAAGUGGAGAAAACAAUUAUUUAUUUACUCAACAAAUACACACAGAAAUGAUCAAGAAGUCACAGCUCUUACAGAUCUAUCA